AUGGCUCUAGACUUUGUCUUCUUUGUGGGACCACUCACCCAGAUCGCAAUAUUCGCCGCCAGCUUAUGGCUACUUUGUUACCUUGCCAAAGGCAUAUAUCAAGUGUAUUUUGGCCCUUUGCGUCAUGUUCCGGGCCCCAAGUCAUGGAUAAUAUUCCCAGUUAUACCCAAAAUAAAGAAUCUGCUCGGCACUAUUGACCAAGAUAUUCGCCGUUUCCAUCAAAAGUAUGGCAGUGUGGUGCGCUAUGAAGCGGGGGCCAUGUCAUUUACCACGAGCGAGGCUUGGAAGACCAUCUACGGCCACAAGUACGGGCAAUUUACCAAAUUCUCGGCUAACCAGCAACUCGAGCCUCAAUUGAACAUACUCACUGCUGACGAUGCGAACCACGCCCGAAUUCGGCGCGGGGUCUCCCACGCCUUCUCCCCAAGGUCGCUGGCAGAACAAGAGCCCAUCGUCCACGGCUACAUCGACAUGCUGGUGCGGAAGCUGUCGGACGUGGCAGAGUCCCGCCUGCCAGCGGAGAUGGGCAGGUGGUUCCACAUUGCCUCUUUUGACAUCAUUGCCGACUUGACGUUCGGCGAGUCCCUGGGCGGCCUCGAAAACAACGAGGUGCAUCAUGUGGUGAAUUCUGUCCUCAUGUUUAUCGAAAGAGGCAAGAAGCUCUUUAUACUCAACGACUUGCUUGGCCCGUUGGCCCGAGUCCUUAAGCCGGUGAUUGCGCGUGAUGUGGAAAGGGGCUUCUUGGACCAGUUCAACUACACGAGGACGGCUGUGGGAAAGCGGCUCGCAAACGACUCAGAUAUGGCUCGAAAGGAUUUCAUGCAAGGCCUCCUGCGGGGAAGAGACGAGAAGGCUAUCAAUUCCACGGAAGAGAUUAUCACGAACUCAAACACCCUUUUCGUGGCCGGCAGCGACACCACCGCCACGUUAAUGACGGCUUGCACAUACUACCUCCUAGCAACGCCUCACGCACAUAAAAAGGCUGUGGAAGAAGUCCGAGCGGCUUUCGAAUCCGCAGCAGAUAUCAACUUCACUAAUGCCACCACACGCCUGCCUUACUUGCUUGCCGUACUCAAUGAGACAUUCAGGCUAUACCCCCCGGUGCCAGCAUCGCUCGAGAGAAUUGUCCCCCAGACUAUGGAGCCGAUUUACAUUGAUGGAGUGUUUCUUCCACCUGGAACACGAGUCGGCGUCCACAAUUCCUCUGCAGGCCUGUCAGCUUCCAACUUUGCGCAGCCGGAGUCCUUUGCCCCCGAGAGAUGGCUGCCGAGCGCCGCGCAGGACCCGUCGUCUCCGUUCUACGCGGACAAGCGGGACGCGAUCCAGCCCUUCUCCUAUGGCCCUCGCAACUGUGUCGGUAAGCACCUGGCUUACAACGAGAUGCGCCUGAUCAUGGCACGAUUGCUCUGGGAGUUCGAUAUGAGCCUGCACCAGUCAUCUUACGAGUGGACGCAGCCGUACUCGAAGCACAAGGCCUGGGCCGUGUGGAGGAAGCCGCCCCUGCAAGUACACAUCAAGAAGCGAGAGUUUUCAGUGUAG